AUGACUUGGCCGAUUUUAGGCGAAAAACAAUGUUCUAAUGAAAAUUCGAUAUUUCAAGAAAGAAAAAGAAUUUCGAAAAAAGGAUAUGUGGGUUUGUGCUCCGCGAUUUGGUGGAUCGAAUGGCGUCAAAUUCAAGGUUCCACCGUUCAAGGAAAAAAAGGAGAUGGUGGAGAUGGAGAAGGUCCACUUGGCGCUUGGCAACGUUGGAGAUAUUGUUCCGAAGGAAAAUGGGCAAUGGGAUUCAGACAGAAAGUCGAGCCGGACAAAAAUCAGGCGGGUGACACGGCUAUGAAUGCUUUAAUUUUAAUCUGCAUAUAUUCAGAUGGUUCAGGUUAUGAAGAAAUAUAUGAAAUUCCAGGACAUUGGGGUGACUGGAGUGAUCCUUCUUCAUGUUGCGAUGACACUGCAGCUAAUGAUGUACGAUUUCAAUGUACAAAAUCUAAACAAGUAAUAACUACAUAUAACGGAGGUCAUUUUGGAUACUGGAGACCACGUGUAACAUGUACAGUUAACAUAGCUAUCUGUGGAUUUCGAUUGAAAUGGGAAAGUAAACAAGGUGGAGUAGAUGAUUCGGCAGCAAAUGGUAGUGAAUUUGCAUGUUGUCAUUUACGUAAGUUAAAUAUUGAAAGUUUUAAGCCAGUCGCAAAAGGUUAUCCUUGUGAAAUUCAUGCACUAUCGUGUAGAACAAAUCCUUGUAAAAACAAUGCACCUUGCACACAAGUUGGUCAUAAUGUAUCGUGCAAUUGUAAAAAUACCAGUUAUCAAGGCCACUUUUACGAUAAAUCCUGCUAUAACGGAAAAUCGUGUAUCAAUGGUGGUGUAUGUGAAAAUGGCAGUUGUCGUUGUAAAGAGCCUUACGGUGGCCCACACUGCGAGACGCUACUCGAAGCAGAUUCAACCAAUCUUUGUAACCUUUGGGGUGAUCCCCAUCUGUUAAUGUUUGCUCAGUAUUUUGGCGCACAAGCAGAUCAAUAUUUGUGCACUGGAUCGGGAACAUUUCCUUUAUUAUUUAAUAAAUUGAUUAAUGCUACAAUUACUGUAUCAGAUGAUGCUUGUAUCCGUGUUGAACUUGAUUGCUUUACAGAUCUUAGAAUGUCGACAGGCUUGUGCACUCGUCUUCUCAUCGGUACAUCAUUUCAAUACGAGCCGGCAGCUCGUCGUUGUCGAGGCUAUAAGAAUCCAGCUCAAUUAAGAUUGCUAAAUCCAACAGACGAAGAGAAACGAAUAAGUAAAUUAACCGAUGCCAUAUGUCAGGCUUACAUUGAUGAAGGAACAGAAGCAGCUAAACAGCUAAGUCUUCCAGUGGACAGUAGGAACGAUAAAUUUCUUAUGGAAGAUGUUCUGGAUGCUUGUAUCUAUGAUACUUGUACAAGCAGAGAUAGAGAAAUUGGUGCAAGUGGGAUUGAUGUACUAUUGUCUGAAGGUAUCAGAUUUUUAAUGCCAAAAAAUGAUAGUGACUAUCUAAUUUAUAUUACACGAGUAGCGAUAGAAAAGGAAACUGUACUAAGAAAAACUGCAUUCCGUAUUGAAAUUGUUGAAUUAAUGGAUUCGGAUAAUACUUCAACCAUUGGAUAA